GAUCCAGACCCACCUUUUCCCACACAGGACCGCCAUUGGCUUGGAAUUGCGAGCGAAAAUUGCACUCGUGCAGGCAUGCAUGCCCAACGCUUCAUCGGCAUUGGUCAACCAGCGCAUCCAUCGACAUUGGAAGACAGUAUCUUUUGCAAGGCACCACACGGGUCCGCUUUGCUGUGGUCUUGCAGCACGUGGGGCCACUCGCUUUGACUCUCUAGUAGUCUUCCUUCGUCUUGUUGGUGUUCCUACCAAACUCCAACAAUAAAAUUUCUCCAGGUGUGGUGUUGUCAUUGUUUAAACAACCCAAUCGACCAUGUCUACUACUUUUAAAUUUCUCCCCCGUGUCCAUGCCAUUGGCUUUCAGGUGGGUCAGGCCGUGCACGGAUUUUUAACCACGCAGCAAGAUUUCAAUGAACUGUGGACCGGCUUCCAGGAAACGCUGCCGUCGUGGUCUGCCAUUUGCAAUUUCCCCAUGCUGUACAGCACUUGGUGGUGGGAUUUGCUCAUGAAGGACCCCGUCCACGUAUUGGUGGAAACUACACUCUUAAUCUCGGUCAUUUACAUGUUCCUCAGUCGAUCCAAGGAUUGGUCCGAGUCCAAAAAUGAUCAACUCACUCGAAAGGAAGAAGAAGAUCUCAUUAAUGAGUGGAAGGAAAACAGUCGAGCUCCUCUGGUGGCACCAGGACUGCCGACGGGUGCCAAGGAUGUCCCGACCUUUUUGGUGCAUCAGGUACAAGGCACCAAAAUGCAAGUUUCCAUGGACAAUGAUCCUACCAAAAUCUACAAUGUCAUUAAUUUUGGAACCUUUGAUUUCUUGGGCAUGUCCGCCGCAUUCACUGCCCCCGAAAGCAGUAUCAAGGAUGCCAAUGGCAACGAGUUGGCGAUCAUGCAGGAAAAGGCUGCCGAAGACGCAUACAACAACAGCAACAACAAUUUCGGUGGAGCUGAAGAGAAAAAGGAGGAGGAAGAAGCAAACACAACGGAACAGGCCGACAAUGACAACAGCAACAAAACUUCUAAAAAUGGCAAACGCAAAAAGAAAAAGAACAAAAAGAAUACGGCCUCCAAAGCAAAGGAUGAUGAUGAUCGCUUGACCAGCAGCAACCCCGUGAAACAAGCAUCUGUGGAAGCAUUGCAACGGUAUGGAGUGGGAGCCUGUGGUCCUCGAGGAUUUUAUGGAACCAUUGAUCCCCAUCUCAAAUUGGAAGAAGAAAUCACCAAGUUCAUGGGUGCCGAAGGUGCCAUUUUGUAUUCCGAUGGUGCAUCCACAGUCAGCAGUACAGUCGCCGCAUUUUGCAAACGCGGAGAUUUGUUGGUGGUUGAUGAAGGUGUGCGUGAACCUCUCAUUGCAGGAGUCAAGCUGAGUCGAGCCUACGUCAAAUGGUUCAAGCACAAUGAUAUGGAGGAUUUGUCUCGGGUUGUAGAGAGUGUUGCGGAGAACGACAAGAAGCUUGGUCGAGGUCCCAAUGCUCAGCGUCGUUUUAUCAUUUGUGAAGGCCUCUACAAAAAUACAGGACAGAUUGCUGCACUCGACAAAAUCGUUGCCCUGAAGCACAAGUACCACUACCGCUUGAUUUUGGAUGAAUCAUUCUCCUUUGGUACACUUGGGGCCACUGGCCGAGGAGCCCUUGAGCUGUUCAACAAAAAGUUGAUGCAUGAUGCUGAAGUUGUCACCAUUGCCCUUGAAAAUGCCAUCGGUAGCAUUGGCGGAGUCACCAUUGGCAAUGAGGAGAUUGUAGAUCAUCAGAGGCUCAGUGGUUCUGGCUAUUGUUUCAGUGCCGCAUCACCACCAUUUACUGCCAGUGCAGCAGUUGUGGCAUUGAACGAACUGAAGACUCGUCCUAAGGAGCUCUUGACAAAGCUGAACGACAACACACAGUACAUUUACGACAAAUUGCGAAUUUUCUGUGAACAGAAAGAGGAUUUGAUUUUGAUUGCCAGUGACAUGCGAUCUCCCAUUGUUUUCCUUGUGCUGGCCGAAUGUGCAGAGACAGAAGACAUUGAUGAGACUGUGUUCCUCUCAGAAGUGGUGCGAGAAUGUCUCCGCCGAGGUGCUGGAAUGGUUUCCGCAGGGCACCACAACACUCGUGCUGGUGUACAGCUGUUGCGUGCUGAGCCACAGCCUUCCAUCCGCCUGUGUGUGUCUGCAGCACACACCAAAAAUGACAUGGACUUUGCCAUUGAGGUCUUGUCCGGCGCUGUAGACUCAGUGCUGCAUCGCUACGUUGAAGGGGAAAUAUGAUUCGGCUUGUGAGGUGAAACUAUUUAAAAUUUAAAAGAGUAACAGCAACCAAUGAAGAAAAUAGGUUCCUUCGGUCCAGCCGUCCAGCCCUUUCACAAAGGGAGUGUGGCCUCCAUACUAGCUAGCUAGUACUAUAAACUGAAACAGAUCUCAUGACCUGGUCUUGCGCUGGAUCAACCAAUAGCCAACUGGCACGCUGCUACCCCAGUCCAUCCGUACCGGUACAUGUAGUUGAAUCUUGCUGGCUGGCUACUGGGUAUUUUGGUAUGGGCAGCCCAUAGCGAGUAGAGCUCAAUUUGGUUUCUUCAGUCGUAGGACCUCGGUGCAACACAGAUCUCAAUCCAUCAUGUAUGUUUUUUUCAAAACAAAAACAUAGACCUCACCAUUCGCAGUGGAGUUGCGGGAAUACAUAUUUUCUGCAUUGGUCAAGUCUUCAAUUUUCCUGUACUGCAUUUCAAAGAAUGACUGAAUGUGGAAGAAUAUAAUGACAUAACCUUGAAUGCU